UUCAAAGGUUGACUGAAAUGUAACAGUUUAGAAAAGACAAAAGACAGCAGUCGAGGGAGGAAAUCCCAAAAUCCAGGAGAAACAACAUCCUCCUCCUACUACUAUACCCUUUUUUACAUAUUUCGAAUCUCUUAUUAUUGCUCUUUCCCUCCUUGUAGAUUUCCUCAAUAUCAAUCUUCCAUGUAACCCAUAACUCUAUCAUACGUUACCUAUCUCAUUUAUUUAAUUACCCCAAAAAGGGAAAAAAAAAAGUUAAAGAAACAGUCACUUUUGUGGACAAAAUUUGAAUAUGUUGAUGAAACGCUACUGGGUGAUUCUGGUAUGCAUUUUACUGUUAUUUUUGGGCUUUACGAGUAGUUCAAUUGAGGGAAUUUUUGAUGGGGUUACGCUAGCUCCGGCCAGGAGGAAUCUGCUGUCAUCAGAAUUAAAGAAACCUGAGACAGCACUGUUUGCUGAACCAGAUGGUACAGUUUAUUUAAGGGAGCAAAAUAGCUUAAAUACUAUGAAACCACCACUCUGGUCAUUUAGAUCCGGGCCACCAAUCUACUCUUCUUAUCAGGCUCCUGUUAACUACAAUAACAGCAGGGAGGCAUCAUCUGAUAUAGGAAGUGGUUACUUCAUUGACUGUGGCGGGGAUGACUGGGAAUUGUAUGCACACAACAGGCUUGGUAAAUUGAAACUUAUGAAGAGUAUUGAUGAGUAUAUUAGUUCAACUCCACAAAUAGCUGAGGAUGGCGGAAUUGUUCUGGGAUCUAAAAGAACUACUGCAUUUCUGGUUGAUGCUAAGACUGGACGCCUGAUUUACACAUAUAAGAUGCCUGACUCUCCACCAACUCAGGAAAAUGAUACUAGUUUUCAUCACAAUGGCACCAUUGGGGGAGAAAGUCUGCCCCGAUACACGCUUUACAUCACCAGGACGGACUAUGCAUUAACAUCCUUUAUUCCAAACUCAGACAAAGUGUUGUGGAACAUGACGGUUGCUGAAAUGGGGGCUGCUGCUCUUUGCAAAGUUGAGGAUGCAUUUAAUGGGGAUAGUAUGGAGUCUGACAAAUCUGAACCUGAUGUACAUUUCAAUAUGCCAUUGCCAUGUCACUCAAGGGCCCUUAUCUACAGACGUCGAAGUCAUGAUAACAAUCUCCUCCCAGGGGCUCAUCCUCAGGGUAUGCUGCCAAAUCCAGAUCCUCCUUUACAACCAAAUGUUGAUAAUGCAGCUAUGCCUGUGUCCGGUAGCACCUCCCUCUUAAAAGAUAUUAUGAGAAAAACUAUGUUUGGCAUAUUGGUGGUGUUCAUAAUUUUAUUAAUCAAAAGAAAAAAUUUACAAGAUGACAAAAAUCCAUUCAAAGAAGGAAUAACCAAUUGCCCUGAGAGAUUGAGCAUGCCAGUUCGCAGUAUUUUAGCUACUCUUACACGUAAUCGUGAUUUAGUGGCUGAACUCAAGUUGGAUAGAGAACUUGGGAACCCACAUUCACCAAAUGUACCUUCAAAAAGGAAGAAAUCUCGGAAGUCUGGGAACAAUGGGAGCAAUGGCGUUAAAAGUGAUAAAGACACCUCUUCUGGUUCUGGACUUAAAUAUGCAGACGUGGAUGCUGAUAAUAAACUGUUGUUGAACCUCUUUGAACCAAGUAUCUGUAGCAAAGGUGGACGCUCUAUUGGUAAAUUGUUCGUGUCCAGUACAGAGAUUGCUAAAGGGAGCAAUGGUACAGUUGUCUUUGAAGGAAUUUAUGAAGGUCGUGCAGUUGCGGUGAAAAGGCUUGUCCGGGCACAUCAUGAUAUUGCCUUCAAAGAGAUAAAGAAUCUUAUUGCAUCUGAUCGACAUUCAAAUAUCGUUCGGUGGUAUGGUGUGGAACAAGACCAAGAUUUUGUUUACCUUGCGUUGGAACGCUGCAUUUGCAGCUUGAGUGACCUUAUUCAGAUUCACGCUGACACUUUAGAAAAUGCAUGUCCUAACCAGAACUUGGAUGGAGAAUCUACAAAGCAUAGAAUUUAUUUGGACAAUUUGAAGGGUAUUUUUCUGGAUACUGACUUAAUGAAGGAAAAUGGUUGUCCUUCACCUCUGUUGCUCAAAUUGAUGAGGGAUGUGGUUUCUGGCCUUGUGCAUCUCCAUGAUCUGGGGAUCAUUCAUCGAGACCUGAAGCCCCAAAAUGUUCUGAUAAUUAAGGAAAGACUCUUAUGUGCUAAGCUUUCUGAUAUGGGAAUCAGCAAGCGCCUCAUCGGAGAUAUGUCUUCAUUGGGUCAUCACGCAACAGGUUAUGGAAGUUCGGGAUGGCAAGCUCCUGAACAGCUUCUUCAUGGACGUCAAACACGUGCUGUUGAUAUGUUCAGUCUGGGCUCUGUUCUGUUUUUCUGUGUGACUGGUGGUAGUCAUCCCUUUGGAAGCCCUCUUGAGCGUGACAUUAAUAUUACAAAGAAUAAAGUUGAUCUUUUCUUGGUGGAACACAUCCCUGAAGCUGUGGAUCUAUUUUCUCGUUUGUUAGAUCCCAAUGCUGAAUUGAGACCAAAGGCAGUUGAGGUGCUCGUUCAUCCUUUCUUUUGGACUGCUGAGAUGCGACUGUCAUUUCUUCGCGACUCAAGCGACAGGGUGGAACUCGAAGACAGGGAGACGUCUUCUGAUCUUCUGAAAGCAUUAGAAGGUACAGCGCCGGUUGCUUUGGGUGGAAAAUGGGACGAGAAGAUGGAACCUCCUUUCCUAAAGAAUAUUGGCCAUUACAGGCGAUAUAGGUUUGACAGUGUUCGUGAUUUGCUGCGUGUCAUGCGGAACAAGCUAAAUCAUUACAGAGAGCUUCCCACCAAAAUUCAGGGAAUUUUAGGAGCUGUACCAGAAGGAUUUGAUGGCUAUUUUAGGAGUCGGUUUCCUCAACUACUAAUAGAAGUAUAUAAAGUGAUGUCAGAAUACUGCAAGGAUGAAGACUGUUUUCAGAAGUACUUCACAAGCAGUGAACUCUAGACUCCUCCAGAUAGCAUCUGAAUCUUGUUCCAUUCUUACAUUACAUGUAUGAUGUAUGAUGUAAUUAUAGUCUAAAUAUGUAAAUAUGAACCUGUGCUGGUGGGAGGUACCGGAUAGCUGUCCUGAUACCACUACCACUGUUAUAGGAAAAAGAAAAAAUAAUGUAAAUAUGAAAUCUUGUGUAAUGUUUAUGAAGUAUGUUUACCAACAUUUUUUU